AUGGAGAAUUUGCAGAACACGAAGAGGACAAAGGUUGAGGAGCCUGGAUUGGAAAGGAUUAGGAAGCAGGUUGAAAGUCUUGUUGGUGGGUUGGAUCUGAAGCAUGUGGAUGUUGAAGAGCUUAUGCAGAAGAUACGCUCUGGAUGGUGUGAAGACAUGAGCUGGAAGGAGAUGGUUUACUACAGUGGAGAGACUGCAGCAGCCAUGAUAACGAAGCACCCUGAGUAUGGAACGGUAUCUUCGAGGAUAGUCAUGAUGCAUCUGAAUGAGGUGACGAUGGACUCCUUUGUUGAGAAGAUCAAGUAUAUACAAAAGCACAGGGGAAUAAUUUCUGAAGAGAUGUAUGAGCUGAUUGUGAGGCGUGAAGAUGAGAUUGAACGAAUGAUAGACUAUGAGAAUGACUUUAGGUUUAGUUAUUUUGGGAUUCUUACACUGAUGAAGUCUUAUUUGGUGAAGGUGGGAGAUGAGAUUGUUGAGAGACCGCAAGACAUGUUAAUGAGGAUGGCGCUACAGAUACAUGGAGAGGAUUUUGAUGGAGUUAAGGAAACGUAUGAGAUGCUUUCUGAGCACUACUUUACGCAUGCAACGCCUACGUUGUAUAAUUCAUGCAUGAAGAAUCCACAACUGGCAAGCUGCUUUUUGAUAACACCGAAGGAAGACUCGAUUGAAGGGGUUUAUGACAUGAUCAAUCAGACAGCAAUAAUAUCGAAGCAUGCGGGAGGAAUUGGAUUGAAUCUGCACGGAAUAAGAUCCAAAGGGUCUGCACUAAGAAGUACUGGUGGACGAAGCAACGGGAUUAUUCCAUUGAUCCAGGUCUUGAACUCUACAAAGAGGUAUGUGAACCAAGGGUCUGAGCGAAGACCUGGAUCUAUAGCUAUUUUUCUUGAACCGUGGCACAUGGAGAUAUUUGACUUUCUUGAGUUGCGCAAGAAUACUGGUGCAGAGGAGCUGCGUGCCAGGGAUGUAUUUACUGCGCUGUGGGUAUGUGAUUUGUUUAUGGAGCGGGUUAAAAACAAUGAGGAGUGGUCUUUAUUCUGUCCUAAUGAAGCAGUGGGCCUUGCGGAUGUGUGGGGAAAGGAGUUUAACGAGCUGUAUUGCAAGUAUGAGAGGACAAUAAGCAGGACAGUUAUACCUGCGCAGAAGUUGUGGAAGGCGAUUGUUGAAUCGCAGAUUGAGACUGGAACGCCGUAUAUGUGUUACAAGGACACAUCCAACAGACUAAGUAAUCAACAACACUUGGGAACUAUCAAAUCAUCAAAUCUAUGUGCAGAGAUUAUAGAGUAUUCAGCAGCUGAUGAGACAGCGGUCUGCAACCUUGCGUCUGUAUGCCUGUCGAAGUUUGUGAAGAACGGAGGGUUUGAUUUUGAACUAUUUGGAAAGACACUGAAGAUUAUAACGCGGAACCUGAACAAGGUGAUUGAUAAGAACCACUAUCCUGUUGAAGAGACUCGAAGGUCGAAUCUAAGGCAUCGCCCGAUUGGAAUAGGGGUUCAAGGACUUGCUGAUCUUUUUGCGAUGCUGAGACUUCCUUUUGAUAGCGAAGACGCCAGGAAGCUGAAUAAGGAUAUUUUUGAGGCGAUGUAUUACUUUUCGUUAGAUGCCUCUUGUGAGAUAGCUGAAAGAGAAGGACGGUUUGAUUCGUAUGAAGGAUCGCCCAUAAGUAAAGGAAAGUUCCAUUUUGAACUUGCAGAACGAAAUGGAUCUGAACGCUGGGACUGGGAGCAGCUGAGGGCAAGGAUUGCAAAACAUGGGGUACGUAACAGCCUUCUGAUUGCACUGAUGCCUACGGCAGGGACAUCGCAGAUAUUUGGAAAUAACGAGGCGUUUGAACCAUACACAUCGAACAUAUACACACGACGAACCCAUGCAGGAGAGUUCCAGGUUGUUAACAGGUACCUUGUGGAUGACCUUGUGAGAAUUGGGUUGUGGUCGUAUGAGAUGAAGAAUCUGAUUAUUGAGAACGAAGGAUCUAUACAGAACAUAGUGUCGAUACCCAAGGAGAUCAGGGAUAUAUACAAAACGGCAUGGGAGAUAAAGAUGAAGGCAGUGAUAGAUCUUGCAGCAGACAGACAGGCAUAUGUUGAUCAAUCACAAUCAUUGAAUAUUUUUAUUGCAAAGCCAACGUAUUCUCAAAUAACAUCUAUGCAUUUCUACGGGUUCCAUUCAGGACUGAAGACGGGAAUGUAUUAUCUGAGGACACGGCCAAUAACGUCGGCAAUUAAGUUUACGGUUGACAAGAAGCUUGCGGAAAAGACACUGUCUUCGAUGAAUGAUGGAGAUGAGACGUGCUUUAUGUGCUCCUCAUGA